AUGCAUGGACAGGGACGAACUACAAAAAAAAGUGAGCGAGGAGGAACUGAGAGUGGCACAAAAGAGAAGUUGGGAGAAUGGGUGUUGAUUGAUGAAACAAACAAAACCGAGUUACUAGCCUCUGGGGGGCUGGAUGCACCGCUGGCAUCUACAAGUGAAGCUACCGAGAGUGUGCUGCCAUUCGCUGAUGCAGAACUUUUGACGGAUGGGGGAUCGAAGUCAGACGAUGGGGAGGAUAGUAGUGACUUGGACUGCCAGACUUCCUCAGCUGUAGCCUCAGAGGGUCCAUUAACGACAGAACACAUCUUCUCGUCGUUCUUCAAUGUUGUUACUACGGCCCUCCUUGCAUUACAGCCUGAUCUUGCUCUCACACACAACUUAUCACGCACCUGGAGUGCGGCAAAUUCAUCACGCCCAGUACCUGGUGAAGAAAUCCCGUGCAAACCAGAUCUUACCCUACUAGACGAUGUUGAAGCUAGGUGGGAUACAAUCAAAGUGGUAUGCGAGUUGACCUCCAGUGCAUACAAACCUUCGAGCACCCUUGCAAAGACUCUCGAUACCAAAGCAUACCUUCUUCUAAAGCACCAACCCUGGAGAUGGUUUGCGCUGCUGAUAUCCUUGUGCAAUGGGUAUCGUGAUCUUCGUGUCCACCUGUACGACCAUUCUGGGGGUGUUAUCGAGAGCACAUCCUUGCUUGCCAGUACCACUGCUCAGAUUGACUUGGAGACAGAACCUACCGAGUAUAACCCCGCUGAAGAUGACAAUAGCUUCCCAGUGGAGCUCCCAAUAGAGAUCCCUCAGGAUCCUCUUCUCGAACCUCUGCUGGAGCCGAUUGGGAAGAUACGGGUCAUCGACCAUUUUUAUGACAUUUUGGAUAUUAUUUUUUCGAGACAGGGUCUUGUGGGCCGCAGUACUGUUUGCUAUCAUGCAAGGAAGGAUGAUGAGGAGUUUAUAAUAAAAGACUACUGGGCCAUUGGGGGGAAAAAAGAAGCCUUGAAUGAAAUCAGGAUGAUGGAGAAGAUGGAAGGUGUCCGCGGUGUCCCCCAGCUGGUUGAAUAUUGGCUCGUUGAGGUUGCCCCUGGCAAGGUGGAUCAAACAGUGGAAUAUCACUACAAGUCCGUGCGAAGUCUGCAGGUAUGGGAUAUUGUGCAAAUUCAGAAGGAAGUGGUUGAACAACACAAUGUUCUUCACCACGAUUGUAGUCUGUUCAAUGCCAUGAUUGAGGACGAUGGUAACGGCACCCACAGAAUGCUGAUAGAUUGGGAGUUUUCUGUGAGGAUCUUGAAGAAUCAGAGUUACACUGUAGGGGGCACUGGUACAUUACCCUUCAUGUCCCGAGCGCUUCUCCUGCAGCUCCACCUCAAGACUCCAACUGAUGCGCUUGAGCUCAAGGGGGCCUCGAGUUCGAAAUCAUACCCACCCCCCCUAAUCAAGCACUGCUACCAAGACGACCUCGAGUCCAUGUUCUACGUCUUCAUAUGGAUUCUCAUUGAGUUUAGGGGUCCCCUUGGCAUGAAGCGUAUUCUCAACAAGAGCCACAAUUGGAUACUGCAAGAGUGGUCUGCCUUGAAGUUCAAGACGUGCUGCGAUAGUAAAACAUCAUUUUUUUGGCACGAUGAACACUACAUCAAGGAGCUUACUGAACAAAUCCAUCCAUACUUCAAAAGCCUCAUUCCUGUUGUGUUGGAUUGGUACAAGCUCAUGAAAAACCCAAAGAACGUACAUUUCGAUGAUGUGCUUGCGGUGUUGAAUAAUCAUCUUGCAGACCUUCCGAUAAACAAGCCCUCUCCCGAACUCCUGGUUUCAAGGUGGUUGCUCAAGGCGCUCAAGGAAAAGGAUGAGAAAGAGGAGAAGGAGGGCACAAGUGGCGAGGAAAAGAUGUCGCAGUUGGUUGCUGAGACUCUGCCGGGCAACAAGAACAAGCGAGUCAUAGAUUAUCGAUGGACAAUGGAAGCUAUACCCAAGCCAAAGAGGUGCAGGAGAUAG